CGUUGGCCAGUCUUGAACGAGAUGUUGCUCCUGUACCACGUCGUCAUCGUGAUCGGUCUGCUCAGCGGCUGCGGCUGGGCAGCGCCAGAAUGUAACCGCAAUGCCGAAUAUUGCAAAGAUCGGGCCAUGCAUCCGGAUAUGCAGGAGCCCAAGCAGCAACAGCAGCAGCAGCAGCAGCAACGCCUGGCGGGCGAGGAGAAGAAUGCCUACUGGCGAGAUCAGGGCGUGCAGUUCAUCAAGCAGAAGCUGAGCGAGCAGCCGAAGGAGGGCAGAGCCAAGAACAUCAUCAUGUUCCUGGGCGAUGGCAUGGGCGUGACGACCACCUCGGCUGCGCGCAACUUGCUGGGCGGCGAGGAGCAGUCCCUGUCCUUCGACCACUUCCCCUACACGGGCCUGAGCAAGACCUACUCCGUGGACCUGACUGUGCCCGACUCGGCCUGCACGGCGACCGCGUACCUGUGCGGCGUCAAGGGCCAGGAGGGCACCAUUGGCGUCAAUGGCGCUGUGCCCCGAGCCGACUGCAAGGCCACGAUGGACCAGAGCAAGCACGUCGACUCCAUUGCCAAGUGGGCCAUCGAUGCGGGCAAGUGGACGGGCCUGGUGACCACCACUCGCGUGACCCACGCCUCCCCGGCGGGCGUCUACGCCCACAUCGCGGAGCGCGACUGGGAAUGCGACACGGAUGUGGUUGCCGACUGCGGCGAGGAUUCCGAAGUGCCGGACAUUGCCUACCAGCUGAUCCACGGCGAGGUGGGCAGCAAGCUGAAGCUCGUGCUGGGCGGCGGCCGCAAGAACUUCGUGGACCAUCGCCUGGAAGAUUGGGGCAUUCGGUCGGAUGGCCGGCACUUGAUUAACCAGUACUGGAUGCUGAAUCCGGAGGGCAACGUCUACGUGACCACAGCGGCCGAGCUGAUGGAACUGAAUGUCACGAAGCCGGAGCGCAUAUUGGGCCUCUUCCAGAACGACCAUCUGCUGUACCACAUGCAGGCCGUCGAGCAGGCCAGCGAGCAGCCCACCCUGGAGCAGAUGACGCGCAAGGCCAUCGAGUACAUGAGCCAGAGCGAGCAGGGCUACUUCCUCUUCAUCGAGGGCGGACGCAUCGACCAGGCGCACCACGACAAUCAGGCGCGCAUGGCGCUUGACGAGACCAUUGAGUUCUCCAAGGCGAUUGCCGCCGCGCGAGAGCUGACCAGCGAGGACGACACCCUGCUGGUCGUCACGGCGGAUCACUCGCACGCCUUCACCUACUCGGGCUACGGGUAUCGCCACACGGACAUCUUUGGCAAGGCGCCGGCCAAUGGCAACGACGGCAUUCCACACAUGAUUCUCAGCUAUGCGAACGGCCCCAGCGCCGAGCGCUUCUACAAUGCCGAGACCAAGGAGCGCGUGGAUCCCACCACGCUGAUAACGGGCCAUCAUGAGGAAGCCUUCCCAGCUGGCGUGCCCUUGGACUCGGAGACGCACGGCGGCGACGAUGUGCUGGUCUACGCCUCGGGUCCCUGGUCCCACUUGUUUACCGGCGUCUACGAGCAGAGCACCAUUCCCCACAUGAUGGCCUACAGCGCCUGCCUGGGCGACGGCCUCACCGUGUGCUCCGAGUCCCAAAGGACCUGAGCGCCCGCUGCGUGACUGCAGUUCAUCACAAUUAAGUUUGUGGCUCAUUAAAAGCAGCGAUUGCACUG